AGAGAUGCCCUUCGAUAAGUUGCUCAACGGAAAUUGGCGAUUUAACCAUCCCUGUGCCGGAGGUGCUUUCACUAAGGCAAGCAGACCGUAUGCCCACAGAUGCUGCAAGGAGGGUAACAAGAAGCCGCCUAUAAAACAAAGAACCAAGAGACAAUGGGAGGAGGCCAAAGAUAUGUCUGAUGCGAAGCAGAUCAAAAGGCCUAGGGAUCGAGAGCAGUAGGAGAAGCCGG